AUGAGUAGUUACUUGAAUUGGAGUUGGCUACCCUCAGUUAAUAAUUCUUUUAUGAGCAAUUAUUACUCCAACAAUAAUGUUAAUAAUAAGAUUAAGUCAAAUUCUGAAAACUCGACUUUCUUUGGUUUUUUUGGAGAUAGAACACCAAAGGUCGAAAAGUACUCAUUAGAGAAUUUGAGACAAUUAAGCACAUAUUUAAAGAAUUAUUCAGUUAAUGAAGAUGAAGGUGGAACAGUUGAAACGAUGAAAGAGAUGACACAAAUAUUAAUUUGGGGUGAUCAACAUAAGCCAGCGAUACUCGAGUAA